AAAUCAUUCUCUUAAUCACGGCAACGAUACGGACAAAACAGCCACGAUGGAUAAUUCGGACCUCCUAGUAUACGCCAAGGAGUAUGCGACUACCCAGGAUCUGUACGAGCUUCUGGGCGUAACAUCCGACACACCCAAACCGGACAUUCACCGUGCCUGGCGUAAGCGUAGCUUGAAAUACCAUCCAGACAAAGCAGAAACAAAUUUCGACCCGGAAAAAUGGGAGCUAUUCGAACGAGCCCGGGACGUGCUGUCCGAUGCUGCGGCGCGCGAGAUCUACGACUCGCAACGGUCCGCCGCCCAACUACGCGAACAACAGCGCCAUGCGAUGGACGCAAAGAGACGUGCGAUGGUGGAAGAUCUCGAGGCGCGAGAGCGUGGGGCUAUCAAGCGCCCGCGAGAUGACCGCAGCGGUGCUACCAUGAGCGAAGCAGAGAGGAGACGUUUGGCAGAAGCAGGGAAACGCCGCUUAGAAGAGAGGCAGCGGUUAAUGAGAGAAGCAGAGGCCAGGGAGAGACAGCGAGAUCUAGAACGAGAAAGGGAGCAACCAAGAAAAGAAGAUCAACAGAAACCGGAACCAUCGAGCCGUCGAAGGACUCCCGAUGCGUCGAGUGUGGCCGAGUCGAAAAUAGAUAUCGAUCCGGAACCAUCAGCCCAAAAUGUGGAUGGUUACGAUGACCAGAUUGCGGAUAUCGAGCGAAAAAUCCGAGAGGCGCGGCUGAGGAAAGCAGCAAAGAAGGAUAAGAAGGCAACACGAAAGAAUGAUGUGCCUGGUGGCGACAAGCUUGAGGCUCAUCAGGCUAAACCCACUCCUGACAUACCAGAAGAGCUGAAAGCUGACGAGAAGAAGGAACCCUCGAUAUCGUCUACAAGAGCAACGAAAUCAUUCUCAUUCGCCCCAACUACCAAUGCGUCCAACAAUGGAAAUGCUACGACAGACAAUAAACCCCGAGCCAAGGGUGAUUUUUCGUCGACAAUGGCCAGGUUACGAGCUGCGCAAGCUGAGAAGGAAGCAAGAAAAAAGGCGGAAGAAGCUUCGACUACUACCACUGGUGCUGAAGUCGGUAGCUGAUGGUGGGCCUCUGUUGUUUGACUGUCUGGAUACUAUUAUUCCCUUACCUUUCGAUAUCAUGAUACCCCUAGUCACAUAGUUUAUGAAAGAAUAGAUAUGUUCAUGC